CAGGCAAAUAAUUUUUAUUUCCAAAUCACACUAAAGAGUAUGCUGACAAAUUAUUUCAUUGCAUUUGCAGUUACAGACAUACAGACCACCCAGAACUCAGCACCGAAUUCUCAAAACAUCUCCAGCGACUUUCGACACAAUAUGAUGACAAAGCAAAACCCCUGUAUCGAAGGACUAUAGAUAUAUAUGGCACUCACUACAUACGUCAAAUCCAUCUGGAAGGAUGAGUGAGAUGGGUCACAGCUUUUCGAACUUGUCUUGCAACCCUGAAAGGCUUCUCUGAAUCCGAUAUCAAAAACGGCCUGAAUAUUGAGUUAAAAAUGGCUUUGAUUUAUACCAGCCAAUGUCUCUUUCUAACCAGUGCUCUGAAAUCCUUAAAGAUAACAUGAGCAUGAUAUUUUACCAGGUCUUCAUGACGCACAAGAUCAAGGUGUUGGGAGGUGAGAAAUACUUUCCAGACCUUGUUUUCAGCCAAAGUCCAGCUGAAGCAUACUCAAGCUGGAUGAUUAGUCUGCACGACAACCCUGACGUUAUAUCAUACGCAAUUUUCCCUCUCCAUCAUCUGGUGGCUGAUCUCGAGGUCAGUGUCAAUCUGAGAAGAGCCAUGAUGGAGUACAUUGAAGAGAACAUGCUUUCUGUAGAUCAAAAGAACCAAGAAUGCUCUCAGGCACCAAAUCUGGACCACAACUGCUGCCCCAUGAGAGCCAGCCAUGUCAUGUUAGCAGUCUUAUUGCAAAAAGCUGCAGGCCUGAAGGCAGACUUCUUCACUGACGGUUAUGUGAACGUUUGGUACAAUCUUAUGCAUGAGGAGAGUGAGGUGGUUAUGGACAAUAAUGAUCCAGAAUGGAACAUUAGCUAUAAUUUUGGAUCAAUUGAGUUUGGGCAUGAACUUAUAUUUGAGGUGUGGGACAGUGAUGUAUUUUAUGAUGACAUUGUGGGGAGAUGUAUGGUCAGUCCUGAACAUGGGACUCACUCACACAGCUGUAAAUUAAACAGAGGCACCCUUUAUUUUACCUAUAGCGCUUCUUGUGAUGCUCACCUGAGAGAUGUAGCAGAUAUUAUCCAAAAAUUAGAUAAAAGGUGGAAAGUCAAGUGCAGAGAUCAACUGGAUAGAAAAUAAGGGAUACUGUUUACAAAGUUACUAUUUUUUUUCUGAAAUUUUUGCUUCCACUGCAAUUAUAGUGUUCAAAUGUAAUGACAUGGUGAUUCAAGCUAGAAAAACUUGAAGCUGUAGAGAAAUUAUUU